AUGCAAGCUUCAACUUCCUCCUAUACGUUAUCAUCAUCUACACCACCUCAAGAAUCUGAUAUAUGGGGAUCACCAUCGACUUCGCCCUCCACGUCACCUCGUCUGAAUCGAAGUCUAAUACGAAGACGCACAUCGUCAUAUAACAAUACACCCAAAAUACCAUCAUAUUCAUCAACCUCAUCAUCCCCUAAUCUCAAUUCCAACAUUGAGGAUAAAUUUCCCACACAUCCCUUGGAAGGUAUAACACCUCCUACCCAGUACUCAGAUACGCUGGGAGACAUAUCAAGACCUACUUUAAAGAGAUUGACUACGGAGACAGAAAGACAUGUGGCAGAAAGUACAGGUUCAAGGUCAGGGAGUGAAUUUACUGGUAAUGGAAGUGUCAGAGGUAGUUUUGAUAUUCUGAGAAUGACUCCUGGAGGUAGUAAUUCAGAUGAAUCGUCAAGAGAAGUUGAAGUCUUGAUACACACUAUAAAACCUCAUGAAUCAUUAGCUGGUAUAGCUUUAUUAUACGGUAUAGACCUAGCAACCCUUCGGAAAUCAAACAAAUUAUGGUCGUCGGAUCCAAUACAUAUACGUACCCAUUUAUACGUCCCUUUAGAAGCAUGUAAAUGGAACAAGGCUAAAGAAAGUCUUGUGAGAGGUCCAGGCGAAGGUCAAGUUACGUUAUUACCCAAGCGAGAUAAAGGCAAGGGUAAAGAGAGUGACUUAUUACAGAAUGGAUCAAUAUUCGAACAUCAUGAUGACCUGGAAAUUAGAAACCAAAGUAAUACGUCUUUUCACCUGAAUGGAAAUGACCUUAUCAACAUAUCAGAAUCAACGAAUCAGGAUUCCUCAAAAUCGUUAAGAAGAGAAAGAGAAUAUUCAUUCGAAAAUUCAUUUUUACCUUCAACCAAUACAUCAUAUAAUCAUGAUCAUACUUCACCUCCAACAUCGACUGAACCAUUAGGAACACCUUUGGAUUCAACGACACCUAGGAUAUUGGAUGUAGUUAGAAUCCCUUCUUCUCAAUUAAGGUUUUUCCCAAAACCACAUAAACCACCUGACGAACUGAUUCCUUCCCCUUCUCAUUCCAAUGCCAAUGGCGGUCUACUGUAUGAUUCGCAAAGGAAAUCAAUUGAUGACACUCUACGUAAAGCAAAUAGGUCAAUCAGACACGAGUCAUCAUUGGGGGGAGGGAAGGAAGAAGGUCCUACUAUAGUGAAUGAUUUAUCAACUUUACCACCUUCUUUAACAAGAGAUAAAGAUAAAGAUUUAUCUUCACUUUCACUUUCACCGUCAUUGUCAUCCUCAUUGUCAUCCUCAUUGUCUCCCUCAUCAAAUGCCAGAGCGAAAACCAAAUCGAAUAUGGUAAAAUUACGUCCUCCAUCCACUGUAGGACCGUCAUCGACAAAAUCGAAACCAAGAAUCAACAGUAGCGUGGGAGGAGUAAUCCAAGAUACUAUAAAAGAUUUCUUUACUGUCCCACCUCCACCUAACCAACUACCAUUUUCCAAUCCAUCUCAUGCAGGUAGUCUUGGUAGAUCAGCUGGUAGCUCCAGAAUACCUUCUUCUGCUUCUUUACCGGGCAAAUUAUCAGAAAAUGGACGACCGAUACCAAGAGCAUCAAAUCAAUCUAAUUCAAAUAGCCCAUCAUCAAGUAGAAAUCAUGAAAGUAUGGAGUUAGUUCCUAGAUUUCCGGAUCUAGGUUUGGACUUGGGUAUAGGUGGUUUAGGUAUUGGUCUGAAUGGUGGGAGGGGAAAUACGAAUGGGAGAGGUGUGGUAAAUAGGAAUGGAAGUGUGAAGAAAAGCGAUAAGCAGGAUUAA